AUGGCAGGGAGCAGAGGCAGGCGAAUCACCAUCCAGCUGGUUCAGGACGAGGCCGGCGGGCCGGGGGGCCCUCAGCCCUUUCGGGGCCAGCACUACCAGGCCAUUCGAGCAGCCUGUCUGCAAUCGGGGACCCUCUUCCGUGACCCCUGUUUCCCUGCUGGUCCAGAUGCUCUUGGCUACGACACACUGGGGCCAGACUCCGAGAAGGCCAAAGGGGUGGAAUGGAAGAGACCCCAUGAGUUUUGUGAGAAGCCCCAGUUCAUCUGUGAAGACAUGAGCAGGACAGACGUGUGCCAGGGAAGAUUGGGAAAUUGCUGGUUACUGGCUGCUGCUGCCUCCCUCACUCUGUACCCCCGACUCCUGUACCGUGUGGUCCCCCCAGGACAGAGCUUCCAAGAUGGCUAUGCAGGGGUCUUCCACUUCCAGCUCUGGCAGUUUGGCCGCUGGGUGGAUGUCGUGGUGGAUGACAAGCUGCCCGUCCAGGAGGGCAAGCUGAUGUUCGUGCACUCGGAGGAGAGAAACGAGUUCUGGGCACCCCUCCUGGAGAAAGCCUAUGCCAAGCUCCACGGCUCCUACGAGACCAUGCGAGGUGGCCACAUGAACGAGGCCUUCGUGGACUUCACAGGGGGCGUAGGUGAGGUGCUCUACCUGAGACAAAACACGCCCGGCCUCUUUGCCGCCCUUCGCCACGCUCUGGCCAAGGAGUCCCUCGUGGGUGCCACUGCCCUGAGCAAUCGGGGUGAAUACCGCACGGAAGAGGGGCUGGUGAAGGGACAUGCAUACUCAGUCACAGGCACACACAAGAUGUCCCUGGGCUUCACCAAAGUGCGGCUCCUGCGGCUGCGGAAUCCUUGGGGCCGCGUGGAGUGGACUGGGGCCUGGAGUGACAGCUGCCCACGCUGGGAUGCACUCCCUGCCGAGUGGCGAGAAGCCCUGAUGGUGAAGAAGGAGGACGGUGAGUUCUGGAUGGAGCUGCAGGACUUCCUGAGUCACUUCAACACCGUGCAGAUCUGCUCGCUGAGCCCCGAGGUGCUGGGGCCCAGCCCGGCGGGGGGCGGCUGGCACAUCCACACUUUCCAGGGCCGCUGGGUGCGUGGCUUCAACUCGGGCGGGAGCCAGCCGGGUGCUGAAACCUUCUGGACCAAUCCUCAGUUCCGGCUGACGCUGCUGGAGCCCGAUGAAGAGGAAGAUGAUGAUGAUGAAGAGGGGCCCUGGGGGGGCUGGGGAGCGGUGGGAGCCCGGGGCCCCGCCAGGGGGGGCCGCACCCCAAAGUGCACAGUCCUCCUGUCACUCAUUCAGCGCAACCGGAGGUGUCUGCGGGCCAAAGGUCUCACAUACCUCACUGUGGGAUUCCACGUGUUCCAGAUUCCAGAAGAGCUGCUGGGUGUCUGGGACUCGCCGCGCAGCCGCGCGCUCCUGCCCAACCUGCUGCGCGCCGACCGCUCCGUGUUCUGCGCCCGCCGCGACGUGAGCCGCCGCUGCCGCCUGCCGCCUGGCCACUACCUGGUGGUGCCCAGCGCGACCCGCGCCGGCGACGAGGCCGACUUCACGCUGCGCAUCUUCUCCGAGCGCAGCCACACCGCAGUGGAGAUCGAUGAUGUCAUCAGCGCCGACCUGGAGGCCCUGACGAUCUCCUACCAGCCCCUGGACUUGCAGCUGGUGCAGCUGUUUCUGGAGCUGGCUGGAGAGGAGGAGGAGCUGGAUGCUCACCAGCUGCACACCUUACUAAGCAUUGCCCUGGAGCCUGCUGAGGACAACACCAGGACCCCAGGAGAGAUUGGGCUGAGGACCUGUGAGCAGCUGCUGCAGUGUUUUGGGCGCGCAGGCCGCCUGUCUCUGCACCACCUCCAGGAGCUCUGGGGCCACCUCCUGUUGUGGCAGGGCACAUUUGCCAAGUUCGAUGAGGACGCAUCGGGCACCAUGAACUCCUAUGAGCUGAGGCUGGCGCUGAAUGCCGCAGGCUUCCACUUGAACAACCAGCUGACGCAGGCCCUCACCAGCCGCUACCGGGACAGCCGCCUGCGGGUGGACCUGGAGCGCUUCGUGUCCUGCAUGGCCCGGCUCACGUGCAUCUUCCGCCACUGCAGCCAGCACCUGGCCGGGGGUGAGGGGGUGGUGUGCCUGACCCACCGACAGGUGAGCCGGGCUGCGGGCUGGGUGGCUGUGGACCAGGUGGCUCGGGCGGGUAUGGGCGGAGCUCACACCCACCUCUCCCCCCAGUGGGCGGAGGUGGCCGCCUUCUCCUAGGGGCGCCCUCAACCCAGCACCUCAGCCCGGCACGUGUGCACCUGUCCACACCCUGCGCCCCCUGUGAGCCCCCACUCUGCUCUGACAGCGCCCUCUGAACACACUUGAGGGGCGCAGAAACCGAGGCCUUGCACGGACGUCACAGAAGGAGGAUGCUAGGAAUCCUUCAUAAAAAUAUUACAUGUUUUAUUAUCCUGUCCCCAGAAGGGUGGUUUAUCCAGAAACCAAGAAAAUCAGAAUAAACUUGGGGGGGGCGUGGGGAAGGGCAAAACCAUCAACUAGCAGGCAGCCAGGCCAGC